AAAGGAUUGUAACAGAACAACGGUUGAUCAUAAAACAAAAAACAAGAAAGGAGAAGAUCCCUCUCCAAAUAAACACAGAAGAAGAAAACAUGUCUGUUUCUGUUUCUGUUACUGUUACUGUUACCUCUACCGUGGGACCCUUUCUUCCACGAUCCCAUCGGCGAUCAACAACAGCCGUCCGAUCCAACAAGGUUUCAGUUGGACCAACGAGAUUAUUAACGAAACUCAAACAAGACUGUGCAACUCCUCUACCUCUUCUUCACCAUGUUGCUGAUGCAAUGUCUUCUGAAAUGCGGGCUGGGCUUUCCUCCGUUGAUGGGCCCGGGCUUCCCAUGAUACCAACUUAUGUCCACACUCUUCCCUCCGGGAAUGAGAAAGGGUUGUUUUAUGCAUUGGAUCUUGGAGGAACAAACUUUCGUGUGUUGAGGGUACAAUUAGGUGGCAAAGAUGAUCGUGUCAUUGAUGUUGACUUUGAUCAAGUUGCUAUACCUCAUGAUCUAAUGUUUGCUACGUCCGAGGAGCUGUUUGAUUUCAUUGCUUUGGGGCUAGCCAAAUUUGUGGACAAAGAAGAUAGUAGAUUUCAUUUUCCUCCAGGAAGAAAGAGAGAGAUUGGUUUCACAUUUUCAUUUCCUGUCAAACAAACUUCUAUUGACUCUGGCAUACUAAUCAAGUGGACCAAGGGUUUUGCUGUUUCUGGAACUGUUGGAAGAGAUGUAGUUGCUUGUUUGAACGAGGCUUUGGAAAGACAAGGACUAGAUAUGCGAGUUUCUGCUCUGGUUAAUGAUACUGUUGGAACACUAGCCGGAGCAGAAUACUACGACAAUGAUGCUAAGGUUGCUGUUAUUUUAGGAACUGGAACUAAUGCUUGUUAUAUCGAGAAGUUAAGUGCCAUUCCCAAAUUACAAGGCCAUGUUUCUUCUUCUGGUAAAAUGAUCAUUAGUACUGAGUGGGGUGCUUUCUCAAAUGGUCUCCCUUUAACUGUAUUUGAUAGAGAAAUGGAUGCUGCUAGUAUCAAUCCUGGUCACCAUAUUUUUGAGAAGACAAUCUCAGGAAUGUAUCUAGGUGAAAUUGUGAGACGAGUGCUAGUCAAUAUGGCUGAAGAGGAAGGUUUAUUUGGGAUAUCUGUCCCUCAAAAAUUGUCCAUGCCUUUCAUACUCGGAACCCCGGAUCUAAGCGCCAUGCAGCAAGAUAAUUCUGGCGAUUUACAAGCAGUUGGGUCCCUCCUCUAUGAUAAAGCAGGGCUUGAAUCCAAUCUAAGUGAAAGAAAAACAGUUCUAGAGGUUUGUGAUACAAUUGUAAAGCGAGGCGGUAGCUUAGCUGGUGCAGGAAUUGUCGGGAUUCUGCAAAAAAUGGAAGAGGACUCAAAAGGUCUUAUCUUUGGAAAGAGAAGCGUUGUUGCCAUUGAUGGGGGUUUGUAUGAAAAUUAUCCUCAAUACAGGACUUACUUGCAACAUUCAGUAAAGGAGCUAUUAGGAACAGAAAAGUCAAACAAUGUUGUUAUAGAACAUUCAAAAGAUGGUUCUGGUAUUGGAGGUGCUCUAUUGGCAGCUUCAAAUUCCAUGUAUUAACAAGAUUGAUCAUUUUGUUCAACUAGUAUUUAAUCAUUGGAAUGGAGCAGAAUAUUCAUAACGUUUUCUUAGACAAUCAAACUCAUAAUUUUCUCA